GCCGGCCCAGGCCACUUCCUCUCUUUGUUGUCCCUGUGCUUUCUUUUCCUUCUGAGACUUAACUUGAAGACAACGUCACCGGCAUUGGCAGUUUCUGGAGUCACUUGAAGAGGCUGAGUCUGCCCCACUGCCGGCAUGAUCCUGACACUGCUGCUCUGCCUCGGGGGGUCCCUUGGCUGGGGGCUGCCGAGGGCCUAUGCCCAGGCCCCUGGUACCAGUUUCUCUGAUUCUCACAGCCCCAGGCCGCCUGGGGUCUGGAGGGUGGAGGCUGAGGACACCAGCAGGGACCCCAUCGGACGUAACUGGUGCCCCUACCAGAAGUCCAGGCUGGUCACCUUCAUAGCUGCUUGCAAAACUGAGAAAUUCCUCAUCAACUCACAGCAGCCAUGUCCACAGGGGUCUCCGGACUGCCAGAAAGUCAAAGUCAUGUACCGCAUGGCCCACAAGCCUGUGUACCAGGUCAAGCAGAAGGUGCUGGCCUCUGUGGCCUGGAGGUGCUGCCCAGGCUUCUCGGGCCCCGACUGUCAGCACCACGAUCCCACGGUGAUCUCUGAGCCUGCAGAUCCAGGUGAUGGCCUCCAGGAGCCUUGGGACAGGCCAGACGGCUUUGAACCUGGCCCCCCAGCAGCAGAGAUCAGCAACAUCGUGGUGGAGCAGGAACACGUGCUAGGAGAGCUCCAGAAUGACAUUCACCAGGUGGCAGACAGCCUCCCAGGCCUGUGGAAGGCUCUGGAAAGCAACCUCACAGCAGCAACAACUGAGGCCAAUCAAACGGAGCAUGAGUUUCCUGGCAGAUCCUUGGAGCAGGUACUGCCGCCUCACAUAGACGCCUUCCUGCAAGUGCAUUUCAGCCCCAUCUGGAGGACCUUCAACCACAGCCUGCACAGCCUCUCCCAGGCCAUAAGAAACCUAUCUCUUGAUGUGGAAGCCAACCGCCAGGCCAUCAAGAGGGUCCAGGAGAGCACUGUGGCCAAGGCUGACUUCCAAGAGCUUGGUGCUAAAUUUGAGACCAAGGUCCAGGAGAACGCCCAGAGAGUGGGCCAGCUGCGGCAGGACGUGGAGGGCCGCCUGCAUUCACAGCACCUCUCCCUGCACCACUCCCUUUCUGCGGUCCAGGCCCAUGUGGACGCCGAGUUGAAGAGGCUCCUUAAGGCCCAGGAGCCCCUGGGGGCCAAUGUCAGCCUGGUCGUGGCAGCGGCAGGGGCAGGGGCAAGGCCGGAGCCCGAGAGCCUGCAGGCCAGGCUGGGCCAGCUGCAGAGGAACCUCUCGGCGCUGCACGUGGCCGCUGGCCGCAGGGAACAGGAGUUACAGAGCACCCUCGCGGACAUGCGGGCGACCCUGGCCCAGCACGAGAAUGAGAUCAAGGAGCUGUAUGCGGAAUCCGACGACAGCUUCGAUCAGAUCAGCAAGCUGGAGCGGCAGGCGGAGGAGCUGCAGGUGAACCACACCGCGCUGCGCGAGCUGCGCGUGAUCCUGAUGGAGAAGUCGCUGAUCAUGGAGGAGAACAAGGAGGAGAUGGAGCGGCAGCUCCUGGAGCUCAACCUCACCCUCCAGCACCUGCAGGGCGGCCACGCCGACCUCAUUAAGUAUGUCAAGGACUGCAACUGCCAGAAGCUCUCUUUUGACCUGGACGUCAUCCGGGAGGGCCAGAGGGACACCACGCGGGCCCUGGAGGAGACGCAGGUGAGCCUGGACGAGCGGCGGCAGCGGGACGGCUCCUCCCUGGAGGCCCUGAGCAGCGCCGUGGCCGCCCUGUCGCGGGCGGUGGACGCGCAGCAGACGGAGGCCGAGCGCGCGCGGUGGGACGCGCUGGCCGCCCGGGUGGCGGCCCUGGAGCAGGCGGCGCAGCGCCUGGAGCCCAGCCAGGACGCGCGGCGAGAGGAGGCCGGCGGGACCGACGUGGACGGGCUGGCGCGGGAGCUGCAGCGCCUGGACUCCGCCGUCCAGCGACUGGGGCGCUGCUGCGAGGCCUCGUGGGCCGCCUCCCUCAACGGCUCCCUCGAGGGCCUCCAUGGCGCGCUCUCCGCCACCGAGCGUGGCUUGGAGCAGCACCAGCGGCUCUUCCACAGCCUCUUCGGGAACUUCCAGGGGCUUGUGGCGGCCAACAUCAGCCUGGACCUGGGGAAGCUUCAGGCCAUGCUGAGCAGGAAAGGGAAGAAAAAGCAGAAAGAUCUGGAAGAUCCCCGGAGGAGGGACAAGAAGCAAGCGGAUGCGCAUAUCAAAGGGCCAGUGCUGUGGGAAGCAGGUUCUCCUGUGGCCUUCUAUGCCAGCUUUUCAGAAGGGAUGGCUGCCCUACAGACAGUGAAGUUCAACACUACUUACAUCAACGUUGGCAGCAGCUACUUCCCUGAACACGGCUACUUCCGAGCCCCUGAGCGUGGGGUCUACCUAUUUGCAGUAAGCAUUGAAUUUGGCCCAGGGCCAGGCGCCGGGCAGCUGGUGUUUGGAGGUCACCAUCGGACCCCUGUCGGUACCACUGAGGAGCAGAGGGGUGGAAGCACGGCAACGACCUUUGCCAUGGCUGAGCUGCAGAAGGGUGAGAGAGUCUGGUUUGAGUUAACCCAGGGAUCAGUAAUAAGGAGCAGCCCGGGCACUGCCUUCGGGGGCUUCCUGAUGUUCAAGACGUGAACACCGGGCACAGCUCUGACCAGACAUCGUGGACUCGCCCAGCUCUCCUUGGCCUAGGGCUCUGGAGACCAUCCAGGGUCGGUCUGGAGC